UCUGCUCCGCUGCUGCCAUGGAGCCUCGGAGGUGUGCUGGAUCUGUACUGAUUGGAAUUUACCUGUGGGCGACAUUCUGCUGUCAAGGUUGUCAUGGCGGUGUAUACCAGAGGAAGCUGUACCACGACCUCAUGAUCAACUACAAUCGGCUGGAGAGACCCGUCCAGAACGACUCAGCACCCAUCGUGGUGGACCUCGGCCUCACGCUGCUACAAAUCAUUGAUGUGGAUGAAAAGAACCAAGUGUUGAUCACAAAUGCUUGGCUGCAGCUGUACUGGACAGACAUUUACCUUUCAUGGAACCCAGAGAGCUACCCCGGGGUUCAGAACCUUCGCUUCCCUUCUAAUCUGAUAUGGGUCCCAGAUAUCCUUCUCUACAACAGUGCUGAUGAGAGGUUUGAUGCUACAUUCCAUACAAAUGUACUGGUCAAUGCUUCAGGAUCCUGUCAGUACAUCCCACCAGGUAUCUUAAAGAGUACCUGCUACAUUGAUGUACGGUGGUUCCCAUUCGAUGUGCAGAAAUGUGACCUGAAGUUUGGCUCCUGGACUCACAACGGCUGGCUGCUGGACCUCCAGAUGAUGGACGUAGACAUCUCGACCUACAUACCCAAUGGGGAGUGGGACCUUGUAGGUGUGCCAGCCAAGCGUAAUGAGCUGUACUAUGACUGCUGUAAAGAACCCUAUCCUGAUGUGACGUUCACGGUCACCAUGCGCCGCAGGACGCUUUACUACGGCCUCAACCUGCUCAUCCCCUGCGUGCUCAUCUCUGGUCUGGCCCUGCUGGUCUUCCUGCUCCCUGCUGACUCUGGAGAGAAGAUCUCACUAGGCAUCACAGUGCUGCUGUCUCUAACAGUGUUCAUGUUACUGGUAGCAGAGAUCAUGCCUGCCACUUCAGACUCUGUUCCUCUAAUUGCUCAGUACUUUGCUAGUACUAUGAUGAUUGUGGGCUUGUCUGUGGUGGUAACAGUCCUGGUAUUACAAUUCCACCACCAUGACCCCCACGGAGGGAAGAUGCCUAAAUGGGUUCGAGUCAUCCUCCUCAACUGGUGUGCUUGGUUCCUCCGCAUGAAGAAGCCUGGAGAAGAAAGCAAAACAGCUGUGAGCUCCACUAAGCCCCCAAACUACAAGUACUCCCACCCUCCUCCUCACCACACUAGCACCAGCAGCAUUCAGAUGAGCACCAUACCAGGCCAGGCAUCCACCCAGUCAACCACGACCAAUGGGAGCAUGAACCUGUACUUUGGCUACCACUCAAUGGGUACAGACAACCCCACUUUCCCACCAAGCACAGAUUCAGGUGUCCUGGUGUGCGGCGGGGGCAGCGGUGGAGGUGGAGGCAGCCACCCUAACAGCUCGUCCCCGCACGGCGUCCACUCAGAGCAUACCCGGACUUUGCUGAUAGAGCAGGUUCCAGAAAUUUCCCAGAUCCUGGAGGAAGUGCAGUACAUUGCGAGGCGCUUCCGAGAGCAGGAUGAGGGAGAGGCGAUCUGCAGCGAGUGGAAGUUUGCAGCAGCCGUGGUGGAUAGGUUGUGCCUGGUGGCCUUCUCGCUCUUCUCCAUCAUCUGCACCUUCACCAUUCUCAUGUCAGCCCCCAAUUUCAUCGAGGCUGUGUCCAAAGACUUCACAUAAGGCUGAUUAGGAGGCAAAGCUAACAUUAAAAAUCCUGACAUGAUUAGAACUGUGCCACACAAGCCUCCCUGCUACGGCUAUGUGAAGUAUUACAAAAUCCAGAUACUUUAAGUGUUGAUACAAGUCACAGUACUUCACCAAACUUUUCCCACUUUCUUCACAUAUUUGUCAGUAAUAUCUGAGUGUUUAGGGGUGAUGUGGUUUUUCUAUUUCAAGGUGGCUUUCCUUACAUAGAAUAUGCCAUGUAGGAGGUUGAGGUUACAUGCAGUAGUUAAUUAUAUAGGAACUCACAUGAUUGCACUUUUCAUCUGUGUCCCUGCUGCACCACAUCAUUUACCUGCCACCACUUGGGCUUCACGUCUCAUCAGAAUAUGCCAUUCACACCCCUUCCUUUGCAGCUCUUUCAUUUCUGCCACUUUCUCCCCACACUUCCUUUCCCCACUAUAAUGCUUCUCACCUUCUAGAAACUUCUUAGUGUCUUCAGCAGAAACACAGUGCAGUCAAUACAGUUCAGUAAACAGCUUUAGAAAUCAUUUUUUCAGGCCUGUAUUCUAGUAAUGCCAGUUUUUUGUAUUUUGUAAAUAGAUCUACAUAUUACUUUAUAAAUGUGGUGAGAUAUCUUUUCUAUUAAGUUGGUGAAUUUAUUAAAAUCCACUGACAUGUUGACUCACAGCACAACACUGUACGUGUUGAAAUGAAACUACUGCAACUAGUGAUUAUUUUCAAGAUGACCAAUUCAGAGUGUUUUUUCCAAAACCCUAAUAUAUUCAGUUUACUUAUCAUAUAUGACAAAGAAAACCAUCUAGUCUUCAUAUCUCAGAAGCUGGAAACAAUUUGGUAUGUUUACUACUACAGAAAUUAGCAAAAGGACAAAUUGAUUAUCAAAAUAUUUGCAACUUUAUCACAGAUGGAAGUACUCGAUUGUUCCUUUCUCACCUCUGUCUUGCUCUUCCUUUUUUACCACCAGUCAUCUCACUUCCUUCAUGCACAGCUCAGAUCCAGGUCCUGUAUCUAUAAAGGAGAAAAGUUUUACCAUAACCAGUCAAAGUCCUGUUUAAUUGUGACUUUAAGGCACUUACAGUUGUCUCUUUUGAGGUCAGUUUUAUAAGCCAUGAGGUAAUUUCAGAAGGGAUCCCUUAACAGCUCUCUUUGCCUCCUUCCCCUGUGCUUAACAGCAUAUUUAUUGUGGUUAGCAUAUGAUACACUCUGGCUAUUUGUAAAUCACUCAUAUUCAUUCACAAUGCAUUUAUCUUUUGUGAGUAAGUCAAUGUUUAUCUGACUUGUGUGCUAGUUACACAGUGUGUUGCUCUAUUCUGAGAGAAACUCACAAUGAAGAAGGAAGAUCAGAGCAGGAAAUGAUUGAAACAAUAGACAAUAUUUGUUUUUGUGAGGGAUUUUUAAAUAUAUUUUGAAGGGGCAUCAUCCCAGUAGAGAUGCAUUUGGUCUUAAUCUUUUGUAGUGCUGAAAGCUUUGUGUUUUUACUCUCUAAUAUUCAGCGAAAGGCAAACACUUUCUUCUAUAAUCUCUAGUAACAACACGCAACAAGGAUUACUGAGUGACUUUAUAUAGCAGAUGUGUGUUAAAACCUUGUCUCCUCUCGCCACCCGAGUGUCCUCUGCGAUCCUCAGUGGUACAAGACACGUGUGAUUUCCCUGAAUAUCCUUUUAUACACGCAACUGAACUCACAGACUUCUCCGACUUAGCACUUUGCCAUUUUCACAGUAAGUUUUUAAGAGGAACUGAGGGAGAAUAAAAACAGCAACAUAACGUUCACUGUGUGACUGCUACAGGAAUAGUCACUGAAAUUGAAAUCAUGCUGUUGCAGUUAAUCAAUGGGCCAAGUACAGACAAAUGGCUGCCACCCUUUGACUACCUUUGAUGCCACUCUAUGACUCUAACACUGUAAAGCAUUCAAAUGUCAUAUCCACUCAUAAUGGACAGACAGGGAGUGAUGAAGUCAGUGCUGGCCUUUAUUUUUGAUCCAGUUUUGAACAUGUGGUCAAACAAGCCUUCUUUAGGUGUGAUAUUGGGAUGUGAUAUUUACAUUUGGUUUAAACUUCACUAAUAUGCUCAGUCUCUCAUAAAAAUACAAUUCACUGCUAUUAGAGACCAUUGUUGUAAUACUGAAGGAAAAGUUGACAAUUUGGGUUUCUUGUCGUGGAUUAGAUAACAGGAUUGAUACCGUCCACAUAACUGGACAAUAAGUUAUAUAGCCAGCAGCUGUGGUGAGCCCAGCUUAGUACAAUAACUGGAAACAUGGAAGAGCAAGAGUUAAAUUAGAAGAUCGAUACUAAUGUCAUGUUUUUAUACAGUAAAUAUAAAGCUACAGCCAGCAGCUGUGGUUAGCUUAGCAUAAAGACAACCAUCUGAGACUCCCAGCAAAUAAAUAAUUAGUAGAUUCUGUUACCUUUGGACAAAGUGAAGCUGGCUGUUUACAUCUGUUUUCGAUCUUUAUGCUAAGCUAGGCUAACCAGCUUCCUAUCAAACAUACAGACAUGAGUGGUAUCUAUCUUCUAGUUUUUCUUCUAUUUGCAAGGAAGCAAAUAAGCUUAUUUCCCCAAAAGUAUAAUUAUUCCUUCAAUAUUGAUUAGUUUGUCACUGCAUGUUAUAAAUUUCAGGGGUUACUGCAGGUGAAAACGGAAAGCUAUGCUACUUAUCUGAGAGUACAAGGGUGUUUUUUUUUUUUUUUUUCAUAGAACCCAUCCUGGGUUUGUUACUUUGCCUGUCAAAGCUCACGUAGAUACCAGUGGAGACAGGGGCUGCUGUGAGUAUGUUGUGCAAUAAAUCGUGGAUUAAUGCAAAAACCGUUGAUCAUUGACUCAUCAUGGAUAAUACGAACACUGGAGAUGUAAUGACAUAUAAGACAUGGGGUAAGAGGUAUCUUCUACAUACAUGUGACUUGGACCAGCAGCUGAUAACAGCCAAUUAUGUAGAUAUUGUGAGAUAACCUGGCCCACUGCUGUUGUUACUUACUCUUGUUGAUGUCUAUUCAGCAUAUUCUAGUUUUUUCACGUGAGAAGCAUUUACGGCACAGGAAGUGUUCAAAGUGUGUAAAAAUGAUGGAAAGUCUGAAAUGAGACUGUAAUGAAAACAUGGAGAAAUGAAGCAUUGUGCUGUUUUGAAGCUGAAGCCACACAGGUCGCUCAAAAAGCAGUCUUGCAAAUGUGAAUGUUGACUAAUAUCAAAAAGUAAAUUCAAAUGAGAGUGUGACUGUUUGCUUUUGCCAUGCUAUCACAGGCUUUUUGUUUUAAUCACCAGUGUUGUAUUUUGGUCAACUUGAGUGUCUUUUUCUUUAUUGUCUGUGCCUCUCUGCUCAGUAUGAUUCAUUCACCUUUAAAGGAUGUACAUACAUGCUCACUGUAUAUGACUAUUUUGUGAAAAAUAAACAAGAAAUGUGCUAAA